AUUUUCUAUCGGCAAAUUUCGUAACUUCAUGUCGUGUCUCUACAGAGAAUUUUUCAACUGGACCGGCGUUUUCCUGAUUGGCCUCGAAGAAACAGGCGAUACAGAUGGCACAACGGACACCUGGACGGACCUCGAGGCAGCCGCCAUUGGCGACAUGGUUCGGCUCAACACAAGUGAGGACUAUGCUGCCAUGAUGGCCAAAUUCCUGGCGGGACUGCGCUGGGCGACUCUGAGCUGUCCUCGGCUUCGGUACGUGGUUAAGGCAGACGACGACAUCGCAGUUGAACCAGUUCUGCUGCGCCACUACUUAGACGGUCAGGUGGACCUGACGAGCCGAGUGAUCUACUGCACCAACCAACACCAUAACAGGGUGCUACGCCACCGCUCUUUCUCGCAGCGCGAAGACCCGCUCGGAGAGAGCAACCACAGGUACUGCUCCGGUCGAACCGUCAUCAUGAAUGUUGCCACGGCGGAGGAUCUGGUCCGGGCAUCGCGCGUGGUGCCUUUGCACUCGGCCGACGACGUCUACGUGACGGGAGACCUUGCGCUGACAGCGCGGGUCUCGCACCGCUCCCUGGGCUUCUCCGGCGCCCGGGAGCCCGAAGGCGCGGACGCGCUCAUCUUGGGCAGCCACAUGCUGGCCCACAUGGAGAGCGCCUUCGAUCAAACGAUCGGGCGCCGAGCGGCCUGGCACGCGGCUAUCUGGAAGUGGGCGAGCGGCCAAAGCGGAGACGUGCGCGCCAUAGCGCUUCGGCGCGGUGCGCACCUCUUCGCGAGCGCCAUGCGAUCGGAGUCGGCUAUAGGAAACAUGCUGCGACGAAAGCCGUUCCAGGCGACACGCACGGCGUCCUCGUGAUCAGCGUCUCAGGCAUAGAAAGGAAACCCUAAAAGAACGCUCAUUUACGAAACGUUCAUGUUCCUAAAAAUUGAACAGUAGUUUAAUGGUGAGAGUGCCUAAUUCUUGCAUAACGCAUUUUGUUUAUUUCAUAGAGAGUUAUAUUUCUAGUUGCUCGACAAUAAAAUGUGAUUGAGGCCUUAAUUACACAAUACAGAUAUAAGUGUUAAUUGAAAUGUGCGUUUCAGGACGUUCUUAGAACACAAAGUUACUUGUCCUAGGAUAGGCUACCGUUUCCUGGCUGUAUACUCUGCUGUCGCAAAACGGAUAAGCAGAAAGCCACCACUUAACAGCUGCUGGCGCAAGCUUCAAACGAAGCGGUACGUAAGCAUAAAAUAUAAUAACACUUACUCGUGGGAGGCCACAAGCGUCUUACCUAGCACUACAGCAGAUGUGCUUUAAAGUUCUUGAAGACGUUCAGUAAUCUUGACCGCAGAAGCAGCCUUUCGCAAGAGCGAGAGAGUUCGGAAAUGCUUCCCGUCUGCGACAAAAGUUCACUUUUCCCGCUUUUGCAGUGAGCAGGCGCCGUGGCAGGCGACAAUGCUAGUAUUUAUCUCAAAGACCAAAGAAAAGUUUAUUUCCAUAAUCAUGUGAUGAGUAUUUUUUAUGGAAACACAUGCAUGUUUGUUAUUGCUGUUGCAAAAAUUAAGAAAACUAAUUGUUCGCUGUAGCUUAAUCAGGAGUAGAACCACAAAGCAAUGCACACCCUAGUUAACGCUAGCGGGAUGCGCGGUGUCAGAGGGAUAGUCAGGGGGCUAAAUUCUGCGCCAUUCGUAAAACACACGUAUAACGCUCCGGUGCACAUGGAUCCAUAAUUGACUGCAAGUCAAUCAUCAUAAUUAUCAUCGUCAUCAUCAGCCUGGUUAAGCCCGCUGCAGGGCAAAGGCCUCUCCCAUGCUUCAACUACCCCGGUCAUGUACAAACUGUGGCCAUGUCGUCCCUGCGAACUUCUUAAUCUCAUCCGCCCACCUAACUUUCUGCCGGCCCCUGCUACGCUUCCGUUCCCUUGGAAUCCAGUCCGUAGCCCUUAAUUACCAUCGAUUAUCUUCCCUCCUCAUAACAUGUCCUGCCCAUGUCCAUUUCUUUUUUUUUUAUUUCAACUAAGAUGUCAUUAACUCGCGUUUGUUCCCUCACCCAAUCUGCCCUUUUCUUAUCCCUUAACGUUACACCCAUCAUCCUUCUUUCCAUAGCUCCUUGCGUCGUCCUCAAUUUAAGUAGAACACUUUUCGUAAGCCUCCAGGUUUCUGCCCCGUACGGGAGUACUAGUAAGACACAGCUAUUAUACACUUUUCUCUUGAGGGAUAAUGGCAACCUGCUGUUCAUGAUCUGAGAAUGCCUGCCAAACGCACCCCCCCCAUUUUUAUUCUUCUGAUUAUUUCAGUCUCAUGGUCCGGAUCCGCGGUCACUACCUGCCCUAAGUAGAUGUAUUCCCUUACCACUUCCAGUGCCUCGCCACCUAUCGUAAACUGCUGUUCUCUUCGGAGACUGUUAAACAUUACCUUAGUUUUCUGCAGAUUAAUUUUUAGACCCACCCUUCUGCUUUGCCUCUCCAGGUCAGUGAACAUGCCUUGCAAUUGGUCCCCUGAGUUACUAAGCAAGGCAAUAUCAUCAGUGAAUCUCAAGUUACUAAGGUAUUCUCGAUUCACUCUUAUCCCCAAUUCUUCCCAAUCCAGGUCUCUGAAUGCUUCCUGUGAACACGCUGUGAAUAGCAUGGGAGAGAUCGUAUCUCCCUGCCUGACGCCUUUUUUUAUUGGGAUUUUGUUGCUUUCUUUAUGGUGGACUAUGGUGGCUGUGGAGCCGCUAUAGAUAUCUUUCAGUGUUUUUACGUACGGCUCGUCUACACACUGAUUACGUAAUGCCUCCACGACUGCUGAGGUAUCGACUGAAUCAAACGCUUUCUCGUAAUCAAUGAAACCUGUAUAAAUGGGUUGGUUAUAUUCCGCACAUUUCUCUAUCACCUGAUUUAUAGUGUGAAUAUGGUCUAUUGUUCAGUAGCCUUUACGGAAUCCUGCCUGGUCCUUUGGUUGACCGAAGUCAAAGGUGUUCCUGAUUCUGUUUGCGAUUACCUUAGUAAAUACUUUGUAGGCAACGGACAGUAAGCUGAUCGGUCUAUAAUUUUUCAAGUCUUUGGCGUCCCCUUUCUUAUGGAUUAGGAUUAUGUUAGCGUUCUUCCAAGAUUCCGGUACGCUCGAGGUCAUGAGGCAUUGCGUAUACAGGGUGGCCAGUUUUUCUAGAACAAUCUGCCCACCAUCCUUCAACAAAUCUGCUGUCACGUGAUCCUCCCCAGCGGCCUUCCCCCUUUGCAUAGCUCCGAAAGCUUUCGUUACUUCCGGCGUUACUUCUGGGAUUUCAAAUUCCUCUAGACUAUUCUCUCUUCCAUUA